AUGGAUAAGAUAUUUGUUGCCAAUUUAAAUCAAAAGAGACAAUUUGCCGAUUUGGUCUACUGCAGUCCAGAGAGAUUGAACAACGCCGAAAUCAAUGAGAUCACCCAAUGGCUGAGAUCAGAGUUGAACAUCCGUGGACAAGAGAGAGUCAAGAACGAUCUCCGUGGAUUCCUCAAAUCAGUACCAGCUCACUCCUAUGCCAAGUUCCAAGUCAAGCUGGAACACGACGCCCACGUCUUGAAUGUCGGUGGUGGUGGAUGUCUUGGAUACGUCUCUGACUACAUCAUCGACUACUACGACACCUUGGAGUUCUCCAACAUCGAAAUAUAUACUCCAGUUGCACCAGUCACAAUCGAACACAUCAAAGAGAAAUUCCAAAUUGCCACUCUCUACCAAAUCAAAUCGUCACACUCUGCCAGUGCUGCCACACCAAGUACAACCACACAAAACCAUCACACCAAAACACACAAUACUCACUCGACACACUCACAAUCGCAAGCUACCGUUUCAUCUCCAUCCAACAGCAGUAGUAACAAUCAAUAUGUAGCCAAAUACACACCAAGAACACCAGUCGUAAAGACCAAGACAGCUUUGAUUUCACCACAAAUACUUGGAACCAAAGCUUAA